GGAAACAUUUGGGGCGUAAUUUAAGAAAAGAAAUGGAGAAAAGGUCAAGGAAGCAUUAGUAGCCUACCACCACUUCUAGUUUUCACGAAUCAUAAGGUUUGAAGAUCUCCUUGAAACCAAACCAACUGACACACAUUCCCAUAAUUCACAAACAUCAUCAAUUCUCAUGUUGGUUAGAUUCACUAAGACACCAUAGAGGAUCAUGGAAAGUUAUCUUAAGGAGAACUUUGAGGUUGAGCCCAAGAACCCGACCGAAGAAGCCUUGAAGAAAUGGCGGUCGGCUGUGUGGCUCGUCAAGAACCCACGUAGGAGGUUUCGUAUGGUCGCGGAUCUCGCCAAACGCGCUGCGGCCGAAAAGAAACGAAGGAAGAUCCAGGAGAAGAUACGGAUCGCGUUGUACGUGCAGAAAGCAGCAUUGCAGUUCAUUGAUGCUGCUAACAGAACCGAGCGUAAGCUCUCUGAAGAAGUUGUCCAAGCGGGUUACGACAUAGAACCCGAGGAUCUUGCUUACAUAGUUCGUUCCCACAAUACGAAAACUUAUGAUUUCCAUGGUGGGCUUCAAGGACUUGCAAGAAAGAUCAAAGUUUCGUUACGGGAUGGUGUUCUUUCAAGUGAUAUAUCGAAACGACAACAAAUCUUUGGGUAUAAUCAGUUUGUUGAAAAGCCUCAGAGACCAUUAUGGAUGUUUAUAUGGGACGCGUUACAAGACAUGACGUUGAUCAUUCUCAUGGUAUGUGCUGUGAUCUCCGUUGGUGUUGGGAUUGCCACCGAAGGGUGGCCGAAAGGUAUGUACGAUGGGUUGGGGAUCAUUUUAUGCAUACUUUUGGUCGUGGUGGUUACCGCGGUUAGCGACUAUAAACAGUCGUUGCAGUUUAAAGAUUUGGAUAAAGAAAAGAAAAACAUAAUCAUUCAAGUCACGCGUGACGGGACGAGAAAAAAGGUUUCGAUUUAUGAUUUGGUUGUCGGGGAUAUCGUUCAUCUUUCAAUCGGAGAUCAAGUGCCUGCAGACGGGAUAUUUAUCGACGGAUAUAGUUUAACGAUCGAUGAAUCAAGUUUAUCCGGUGAAAGUGAACCGGUGAACAUAGACAAAAAGAAACCGUUUCUGUUAUCGGGUACUAAAGUUCAAGACGGGUCAGGUAAAAUGUUGGUUACGUCUGUCGGAAUGAAAACUGAAUGGGGAAGAUUAAUGGUGACAUUAAGUGAAGGCGGGGAUGACGAGACACCGUUACAAGUGAAGCUAAACGGGGUCGCUACAAUUAUUGGAAAAAUCGGGCUGGCUUUUGCAGUGUUGACUUUUUUGGUGUUGACCGCACGGCUUAUACUUACGAAAUACAUUAGUAAUGAAUUGUUAAAAUGGUCUAUGAACGAUGGUUUGGCACUUUUGAAUUAUUUCGCUAUCGCGGUUACUAUACUAGUAGUUGCGGUUCCUGAAGGGCUGCCGUUAGCGGUUACAUUAAGUUUGGCUUUCGCGAUGAAGAAACUAAUGAACGAUCGUGCACUUGUGAGACAUCUUUCCGCAUGUGAAACAAUGGGUUCAGCCACCUGUAUUUGUACUGACAAAACCGGAACUUUGACCACAAAUCAUAUGGUUGUGACCCGAUUAUGGGUCGCUGGCGACACGAAAGAAAUUAAAAGUAAAGAAAAACUCAAAUCUUCAAUCUCCGAGAAGGUUUUAACCGUUCUUUUACAAGCGGUGUUCUUAAACACUAAUUCCGAGAUCGUAAAGGACGAUACCGGAAAGACGAACAUAAUCGGUUCACCGACAGAAACCGCAUUGUUAGAAUUUGGAUUACUUUUCCAGAACAAUUACAAUCAAGAAACCAAGAAUGUGAAGAUUGUUAAAGUCGAGCCUUUUAAUUCCGUUAAGAAAAAGAUGUCGGUUUUAGUCGCUCUUUCCAACGGAAAGUUGCGAGCGUUCUGCAAAGGCGCGUCUGAAAUUAUAUUAAACAUGUGUGACAAGAUUAUAAACGAAGACGGAGAGAUCGUACAAAUGUCUGAUAAACAAAGGAAAGCUAUAACAGAUGUGAUUAACGGUUUUGCGUGUGAAGCUCUUAGAACAAUAUGUUUGGCUUUUAAGGAUCUCGAAACCGGUUCUACCAGUGAUAAUCAAGAUAGUAGUAGUAACGAUAUUCCCGAGAGUAAUUACACUGUAAUUGCGGUGGUUGGAAUUAAGGAUCCGGUGAGGCCCGGGGUUAAAGAGGCGGUUAAGACUUGUUUGGAUGCGGGGAUUAUGGUUAGGAUGGUGACGGGUGAUAAUAUUAAUACUGCUAAAGCUAUUGCUAAAGAAUGUGGGAUAUUGACGGCAGACGGUUUGGCUAUUGAGGGGCCGGAGUUUAGAGAAAAAAGCGAUGAACAGUUGAAGGAUAUUGUGCCUAGAAUUCAAGUGAUGGCAAGAUCAUUACCUCUUGAUAAACAUAAAUUAGUUACGUUUUUAAGGAAUGAGUUAAAGGAAGUUGUGGCUGUUACGGGUGAUGGGACUAAUGAUGCACCUGCUUUGCACGAAGCUGAUAUCGGACUAGCCAUGGGUAUUGCUGGAACUGAGGUUGCAAAAGAAAACGCGGAUGUGGUAAUUAUGGACGACAAUUUCAAGACGAUAGUAGUCGUUGCUAGAUGGGGCCGUUCGGUUUACAUUAACAUCCAAAAGUUUGUGCAAUUCCAGUUGACAGUUAAUGUGGUUGCACUCAUGACCAAUUUUGUUUCUGCAUGCACAUCAGGGUCUGCUCCACUAACUGCUGUUCAAUUGCUUUGGGUGAACAUGAUUAUGGACACACUUGGUGCUUUAGCUUUAGCUACAGAACCACCUCAUGAUGGUUUAAUGAAAAGACCGCCAAUUGGGCGGGAUGUCAACUUUAUUACAAAGGUUAUGUGGCGUAAUAUCAUUGGUCAAAGUAUAUAUCAACUUAUUGUUCUUGGUAUUCUCCAGUUUAAUGGGAAACGUCUUCUUAAUCUCAACGGUCCAGAUUCUACCGCUGUUCUUAACACAAUGAUCUUUAAUACCUUUGUGUUCUGCCAGGUAUUUAAUGAAAUAAACAGUCGCGACAUGGAGAAAAUAAAUGUGGCGAAAGGAAUGUUUGACAGUUGGGUGUUCAUGAUAGUGAUGGUGUGUACUGUCACAUUCCAAGUUAUCAUAGUUGAACUGUUAGGCACAUUUGCAUCCACGGUUCCGCUAAGUGGGAGCCUGUGGUUGGCUAGCAUUCUGAUGGGUGCCGUUAGCCUGCCGGUUGGAGCCAUCCUGAAAUACAUCCCGGUUGAGUCUUCCGCACACCAUGGUCACGAUGGCUACGAACCACUUCCAAGGGGUCCAGAUUUGGCUUAAGGUUAUCAUUCUAUUCAUUCUUUGUGAGGUUUGGUUACAAUUUUUUAAAAACCUUCAUGUCAAAGGGAGAGUAGAUAGAAUGAUUUGGGGAUUAUUUUUUAAAUUUUGCAUUGGAGGUGAGAACCGUGUUACUUUGAUUUGUUGCUAAUUGUUUAUGGUAUUUUAAGUUUGUCAUUUUUCUUGA